CCACAAGAAAAAUAACUCAAUAUUUCAUAGGAUAGCAUCAAAUUUGUUGGACUAGUCAGAGGGAUGACAUCUAUCAGUAUCAGAGCAUCUAAGUAAUCCCAAUAAGCCAGAUGAAGAAGGCUAACUUGCUAGGAACCAGUAGCAGCCAGGACCAGUUUCUGCAAAAUAAAGAAAUACUUGAAUGCGUUGGAUAACUAACAGAUACGUCAAUAACACCAUUCUGAUGGGAGGAGAAUUCUUAGAUAUCACAGUGUAAUUCAACAUUCAAUAUACGACCAGCGAGAUGUUGUAUUAACCAUGUAUUGGAAAAAGUAUAGAGUGGAUCCAUGCUAACGAUGAAUUUUCGAUGACUGUCCAUACUGAGAGCUGUAAUAUAGGCUAAAUUGUAUUAUAAUAUUUGACUUAUGGUUAUAAUUGGUAUAUCAGAAGAAUUGAUUCUUAACAUGACUUAAUUAUAUGCCAUCAUAGGAUAUUUUGUUACCACUCAAGGAAGAUAAUUUGUAACAGAAAGAAAAAAAUAUGGAAGGAAAUUUUCAUUGAGACAGACGCUUUUCAGAAUUGAUGCAUAGUAUUGCUGGUAUACUGCAUUAACUAAAGACAGGGUAGAAGAUGUUUUCGCGCCUUGCAAAAUUUCGUAGUAAGUCGGACAGUUAUGAGGACUUGGAUCGUGUUGAGAUGGAUAUUACCGACCCCAGUAUGAGGGAGUAUAUCGGGAUGGGGGAACCAGAACCUCCAGCUGAAGCCAGGCCACAGGAAGAGCCACCAGAAGAUACAUUUACUAUACAGCAAGCUAUUGAUAACAUUGGUUUUGGCAAGUUCCAGAUCAAACUGUCCAUACUAACAGGAGUAGCAUGGAUGGCAGAUGCCAUGGAGAUGAUGAUACUGUCUAUAUUGUCACCAGCAUUACAUUGUGAUUGGCAGAUAAAUGAAUGGAAACAAGCUCUUAUCACCACGAUUGUAUUUUGUGGUAUGAUGUGCAGCUCCAGUAUUUGGGGAAGUCUUUGUGAUAAAUACGGCAGAAAAGCUGAGUUAAUUUUGUGUUCUGUAUUCACAUGUUACUUUGGUUUCCUAAGUGCAUUUGCACCAAAUUUUAUCUGGUUGUUGAUUUUACGAGGUCUUGUUGGAUUUGGAAUUGGUGGCGCCCCACAAUCAGUAACACUGUAUUCAGAAUUUUUGCCGACAGCAUCUCGUGCAACCUGUGUUAUUCUUGUUGAGAUAUUCUGGGCCAUAGGAGCUUGUUUUGAGGUAUUAUUGGCCUUAGCUGUAAUGCCUACAUUAGGCUGGCGCUGGUUGCUGGGUCUAUCAGCUGUACCUCUGUUAUUUUUCUCCUGUUGUUGUUUUUGGUUACCUGAAAGUGCGAGAUAUGAUAUAACUCGUGGCAACAGAACACGUGCGUUGGCUACAUUAGAACGUAUUGCCAAGGAGAAUGGUAAACCUAUGCCUCUAGGAAAACUUGUAGAGCCUUCCUUAAAGGGUGUGAAAAGAGGGAGUGUGAAAGACCUUUUUAUCCCAGAGUUAUGCCGGACAACAGUGAUCUUAUGGGCAAUAUGGUUGGUGUCUGCCUUUGCCUAUUAUGGUAUAGUAUUGAUGACAACUGAGCUCUUUGAAUCACCAGAUGGUUGCCAUGGUACGACCAAAGACAAAAGUCCAUCGGAUCCAGGAUGUUACGUACACUGUAAAACACUGACCAGAAAUGACUAUGUCGAUCUAACUUGGACAACAUUAGCUGAGUUUCCAGGUUUAUUUCUAACAGUGUUUAUCAUAGAGAGAAUAGGCAGGAAGUUCACAAUGGCUGUAGAAUUUUUCUUCUUUGCUGUUUUUGUUCUCCUAGCAAAUAUAUGUACAAUAAGACCUGUGUUGACAUUUUUCCUGUUUGUUGCGAGAGCUUUAAUAUCUGGAGCCUUCCAGGCAGCAUAUGUUUAUACACCAGAAGUAUAUCCCACCUCAAUGCGUGCAAUAGGUCUAGGUUCUUGUAGUGGAAUGGCAAGGGUUGGUGCAAUAAUAACUCCGUUUGUUGCUCAGGUACUGUUAAAAGUGUCAGCAUAUUUGGCAAUAUCCACAUACGGAGUAAUGUCCCUUAUAGCUGCUGUUGCCUCGGUUCUGUUACCAAUAGAAACAAAGGGUAGAGAAAUGAAGGAUCACAGCCAUGAUCAGAAAACUGUCAAACCAAGCUAACCAGACAACUGUACAGGAUAGGAGAUCAAUUGUAACAUAUUUAUUGAAAACAAAAGCUAUUGUUAUUAAUUUUGUUUUGAUCAUUUAUAACAGAAUUGAUGGUUGAUGUACAUUGUGUCAUGAUCUGAAGUGUAGAUAUUGAAUAUUUAGAAACUAACACUGAUCUUUGUAGCACAAUUAAUCAGGAUUGGUUGUUGAAAGAAAUGCUGAAAUUGACUGUUAAGUCCAGGUGACCGCAUAACAGAGGUCAGUUUUUAGCUGGAGUCUUUGCUGAGCUGUCUGUGUACUAGCCUUUAUUUAUGAUUACUGAUUGUUGAAUUUUAUUUGCAGAUUAGUCUCUAAAAAUUAACAUAAAAUACAUCAGAUAACCUCUGUAUAUAUACCAUACACCAGUUGACAUCUGUGUGUGUAUAUGUAUAACUUACACCAGUUGACUCCUUUGUAUAUAUAAAACAUACAUCAGAUGGCUUUCAUGUGUUUAUAUAGCAUAAUAUGCUAGCGACCUAUGUGUGGGUACCGUAUAUAUGACAUACACCAGCUAACCUCUGUGUGUGUGUAUAUAUAUAUAGAGAGAGAGAGAGAGAGAUCAGUAGCUGAUGAAGACCUGAAAACAAACUAGAGACACUACUGAUAUAUAAGUUACUGUUUUAAUAUUUCAUUCCACAAAGUCAAAAUCUUUCAUGUCUAAAAUAAUCCUUUAAAUUAUAUCCUUUACAAAAUAAGAUAUAUUGAGCUGCGCCAUGAGAAAACCAACAUAGUGGCUUUGCGACCAGCAUGGAUCCCGACCAGACUACUUUUGGUCAGGAUCCAUGCUGUUCGCUUUCAAAGCCAAUUGCAAUUACACAAACAGUUAGCGAACAACAUGGAUCCUGACCAGACUGCGCAGGCAUUAUCUGUUCUGUUUGCUAUGUUUGUAGUACUAGUAUGUCUUGUAGUGAGCUCAUAUUGAAUUCUCUGUCACAAACAUUGUAUUGUGUUUACAAGCAGCUGAAAAUGGAAUUAUAUUCGAAGAAGGGAUAGAUGAUGUUAUGUUUAACUUUUUUUCCUGUAAUUUACAAGGCAACACUGAUUAUGAUAACUGUAAGAAAGAUAACUUCUUUCCACUUUCAGUUCUAUGUUUUAAAGACAUUGUGAUGUCCUUGAAUUACUAUGUUUUUUUGUACUUAUAAUGACAUUCUACUGUUAUAGUUUUCAGACCAAUGUAUUUGCAAUUACAGUCUUUGAAUUUGUGUUCAUUUCUUGCUUCGAAUUGUCUUGUUUUUUUUCUCUUUUAUUUUCUUUGAUAGAUGUUAAAAUAAUCAAAUAGCACACUUAACUGAUGGUAGUGUGUGUUUGUAUAUUUCAUUUUGCUUCUGGUAAUUUACAGGUAGACAAAUUUAAUUUUUGUAGAAUAUGUAAUUUGUGUACGAGUAUAUUUUUUGAAAGGGACAUGUCACCAAAUUGACAUCAGACAUUCUAUUUCAGAUCAUAUUUCUUUUGAUUCACUUGCACUUAAAUGUUUUUUAUGCCUCCCAGUGGUGAAGAACCCUAGGUUCCAUCCUAUUCUGAAGAAAUUUGAGAAAUUUGGUCUACUUCAUCAACAUCAAGUGGGCACAUAUAUGCAGGGCUUUUAUGUCUGACUAUUUGUUUUGUUGAGUCGUUUUUGGACAUUUACAUUGUAUACCUAAAUCCACCUACAGUUUUUAUCCAUUUGAAAUGAAACUUGCUGCUGCAGUACCUCAUCCACAUGAAAUGGACAUGAAAAUAUUGUUAGGACAUGUUUUCUGUAGGUUUUCUGUAGGUUUUGGCCUUUUUGUUACUUUGAAAUAUUACAACUGCAGCAAAAUAUUUUGUACUAGACUCCUCCAGUUCAAAUGACAUUUGGUAUACAUAAGCAACAGAAAGUGGACAUGCUCGUAUUGUCAGGACUUACAUAACUUAUUUUAUUCUAUAUCUAUUUUAUAUAUUACCACAAAUAUCUAUUUUGUAUAUUACCUUAUUGGACGCAUGUGCGUACAAAAAACCUGUAUUUUUUCCAUAUUUGGACAGUUCAAAAAGUCCCAUGUUAAACAUACGAUAAAACCUGAAACACUUGAAAAUGUUCCAUAUGUAAAUCAGGUGAAGUAGGCGCUCUAUGUACAGAGUUUGAUUAUGCAUCUUGAAAUCAGGAAGGCAGAAAUACAAUAUUCAGUGAAUCACUUUUAAUUUAAAAUGAAAUAAAACAGAUAUAGGAUAAAAAGGUUACUUAACAUAGAACUGUACAAUACAAGAUAUAUUUGGACUCUUACCCAGCUGGGAAAAACAUAUUUGACUUGCCUAGCAGCUCGUCCAAAAUGGUUUUUCAGCUGGGUUCUUGUCCUAAUAUAUCUCCGUAUUGUACAGAACAAUGUUAAAUAACCUUAUAAUAUCUGAUGGAGUCAUGUCCCUUUUUGGACUUUAUAAUAAUUAUUCUAUCAUGUGUUUUCCGGAGACGUGUUUGAUACAGUUUUUAUGUCUUUUUUUCUUACUUAAAAAAAAGCACUUUAAAUAAUGAAAGGUUUCCGCAGCUUUUAAAAGAUAUCCUAGCAGCAUGUGUAAGAAAGGCAAAUGUGUACUGAUAUUUUACAUACCAGCUUAUUUUUGAAGCAGUUUCAUGACGGUUUACAUAUAGACUUCAUUUUUGAAGAGAAUUUGUAUAAAUUUCCAACACAACAUUCCUGUUAUAUUUAUUUUUAUACAUUUAUUGCUUUUUGAUAUAGUUUUAUGUAUACAUCAACUCAUAAGUUAUAUAGAUAUAUUUAGUUAUUUUUUUUUAUUGCAUAAUACACAGUUUAUCAAUACUUGUGUAUGAGGCCUGUUAUUCAUUAGGAUUUUAAGACAGGAAUUUAAAUGAAAGUGGUGUGUUUCAGGGUGACGCUGUGGGCUUGAAACACAACUCGAUUGUAAAAUUCUUUCUUAGAAUCUUUCAAGAGUUGGCAUGUAGUUGAAACAAUGGCAUGAAAGGCAAGGUGUCUGUGCAGCUUACAAGCAGGCACAAGUUUUAAUUUCCUGUUAUGUUUUUUUUUUAAUCCCCCACAACAGGGGGUUAUAGGAAUGGUCUCUUUCCAUCCGUCCGUCCAUCCUUCUGUCUGUACGUAACAUUUUGUGUCCGCUCUGUAUCUCCUAAACCCCUUGAAGGAUUUUCAUGAAACUUUGGUCAAAUGAUCACCUCAUCAAGACGAUGUGCAGAACUCAUGAGUCAGCCAUGUCAGGUCUAGGUCAAGGUCACAGCUCGAGGUCAAAGGUUUGAGCCUUCCAUUUCUUGUCCGCUUUGUAUCUCCUACACCCCUUUGAAGAAUAAUCAUGAAACUUGGGUCAAAUGAUCACCUCAUCAAGACAUAUGCAGAACCAAUGAGUCGCCCAUGUCAGCUCAAGAUCAAGGUCACAACUCAAGGUCAAAGGUUUGAGCCUUCCAUUUCGUGUCUGCUCUGUGUCUCCUAAACCCCUUGGAGGAUAAUCAUGAAACUUGGGUCAAAUGAACACCUCAUCAAGAUGAUGUGAGGAACUUGUGAGUCAGUCAUGUCGGCUUAAGGUCAAGGUCACAACUUGAGGUCAAAGGUUUGAGUCUUACAUUUUGUGUCCUCUCUAUAUCUCCUAAACCCAUUAAAGGAUAAUCAUGAAACUUGGGUCAAAUGAUCACCUUAUCAAGAUGAUGUGCAGAAUUUAUGAGUCAGCCAUGUCAGCUCAAGGUCAAGGUCACAAGUCAAGGUCAAAGGUUUGGGACUUACAUUUUGUUUCUGCUCUAUAUCUCCUAAACCCCUUAAAGGAUUUUCAUAAACUUGGGUCAAAUGAUCACCUAAUCAAGAUGAUGUACAUAACUCAUGAGUCAGCCAUGUUAGCUCAAGGUCAAGGUCACAACUCCUGAGUCAAAUGUUUGAGCCUUCCAUUUUGUGUCCGCUCUGUAUCUCUUAAACCGCUUGAAGGAAUUUCAAGAAACUUUGGUCAAAUCAUCACCUCAUCAAGACGAUGUGCAGAACUCAUAAAUCAGCCAUGUCAGCUUAAGGUCAAGGUCACUAUUCAGGGUCAAAUGUUUGAGCCUUCAAUUUUGUGUCCACUCUGUAUCUCCUAAACCCCUUGAAUGAAUUUCAUGAACUUGGGUUUAAUCACCUUAUCAAGCCGAUGUGCAGAACUCAUGAGUCAGCCUUGUUGGCUCAAGUUCAAGGUCACAAUGUCGAUGUUUUGAGCCUUCCAUUUUAUGUCUGCUCAGUAUCUCCUAAACCCCUUGAAGGAUUUUGAUAUGACUUGGCUGUAAUAUUCCAUUUAUCAAGACAAUGUGCAGAAUUCAAAAUUCACCCCUGCCAGCUUAAGGUCAAGGUCACAACUUGAUUGUUUAAUGGUUCCACCUAAUACCAUAAACCAUUCCACUAUCCAUAACAAUGGUGGGGGAUAUAGCUGUCUUUCAGACUGCCUUGUUAAUACAUUGUACCACACUGUUGCUACUUAAAUUGCACAGAAAUUAGUAGUUAAAGAAUCAACUUUUUGCCUUAAUGUGUAAACCAUGAUUGCAAUGACAAUGUUUUUUCAAACUUAGGUGUAAGUCUUAAGUUACCAACUGUUGGCAUGACUGAAACCUUAAUAUUUAUUUGACGCUAGCCUAAGUACUGCUAGCAGUUAGGUAGUGAGUAAUUGUUAUAUUGGUUCAGGUGUUGAAUCUGUGUGUUUAAAGUAUAAGAUUAGUCUUAUUAGUAGUGUAUUUUCAGACUCCAUUUUUUACAUGCUACAGGUACUAAAAUGUCAUUAUGUUUUCAUAUUGUUAUUCAAAUCUCAUAUCAGGAAAGGAGGGAGGUGAGGGUAGAGUGUAUUUUGUUAUUUAUCGAAACUGAAUAUUUUGUUUUCAGCUGUAUCAUAUUUUAUUGUACUGUUUAUGUCGCAAAAAAAGCAUGAAGGUCCCAUUUACAUAGAAUUAAGCUUUUACCAUGGCAUUAUUACUGAGUUGUCUCCCUUUACCUACCUCCAAACAUCUUAAGACAGAUGAGAAAUAAACAUUUGACCAAAAGUUAGCAGAUGCUGGUGAAUGUUCUUAAAGUAUAAAUGUUAAAAAUAAUUGAUAGCCAUAUUGACUUGACAAAAUAUAAACCAAUGAAAUAGACUGAUACAAUAUUCUGAGAUAUGUUAACCCUUAUCAUGCUGAACAUGAUUGAUUCUGCCCUUGCAACCAGUGCAGAUUAUGAUCAGCCUGCACAUCUGUGCAGUCUGAUCAAGAUCUGCACUGUUUGCCAUUCAGUCAGUAUCUUUUUGGAAAACACCUCUUUGAACAGUUAAUGGUACUGUCCAAAUUGAAAGGUGGACAAGUUCAUUAUAGAAGUUUAGCAGGGUAAGGGUUAUGUUUGUUAUUAUUGUUUACCUGAUUUGCAUAUCAUACAUUCCAUGUAGAUAUUUUUGUUAAUUAUUUAUUUUAUGUUAAUUAUUUCAAGAAUCUCUUAUCAGUGGAAUAAAAGCAUGCAUUUUAUAUGUUCUUAUAAUUUAAUCAAGCUACUUUUAUGCCCCCGGCAUCUACUGAUGCGGGAGGCAUAUAGUGAUCGUCCGUACGAGGUUAACCAAAUGGGACCGUUUCGUCUAGCAUCAGUACCCCUUGCUAGAAUGACUUGAUACUAAUGCAGAUGUAACCUGUGAACGUUCCUCAUCUUCAGACAUCACCUGACCUCAGUUUGACCUUGACCUCAUUUUGGACUUGGGUUGCUUUAUAUGGGCCAUCUCUUGGUUCACCAAAUGGGACUGUUUCAUCUAGCAUCAAUACCCCUUGCUAGAAUGACUUGAUACUAAUGCAGUUGUAACCUGUGAACAUUCCUCAUCUUCAAACAUCACCUGACCUCAGUUUGACCUUGACCUCAUUUUGGACUAAGGUUGCUUUAUAUGGGCCAUCUCUUGGUUAACCAAAUGGGACCGUUUUGUCUAGCAUUAAUACCGCUUACAAGAAUGAAUCAGUACUAAUACAGAUGUAACCUGUGACCAUUCCUCAUCUUCAAACAUCACCUGACCUCAGUUUGACCUUGACCUCGUUUUGGACUUAGGUUGCUUCGAAUCGACAAGGAUGCCACCGGGGGCAUCAAGCGUUUAUUGAAUGCAGCUGCUUGUUGAGACAUGUUUUCUGUAGUUAUGUCACUUUGUCUGUCACAAUGUUAGAAAGUUCAGCUAUGAAUAAACUUUGAAACUGA